AAAAGACCAGAGCAUGAUUCUCUCACUACAUACGACGUAUCGUUGUUCUUCGCGUGAUUCCAUCCAAUCGGAAGGCGGCAUCGUUCAUCAAAAUCAACAAAGAAAUGGGUAUCAAAGAUCUUCUAAGAUUCAUGAAACCCUACGUUGAGCCCGUUCACAUCAAGAAAUAUGCUGGCAAACGCGUGGGUAUCGAUGCCUAUUCGUGGCUUCACAAAGGAGCAUAUUCAUGUAGUAUGGAGCUUUGUCUGAAUAUGGAAGGAGACAAAAAGUCACAGUACCUAAACUACUGUAUGCAUCGCAUCAAUUUGCUUCGUCAUCAUAACAUUAGUCCUGUGCUAGUUUUUGAUGGUUGUAACAUCCCCUGCAAGUCCCUCACUGAGCAAGAUAGACACAAUAAAAGGAAAGGCAACCGUGAUUUAGCAAUGGCAAAGCUCAAAGAGGGUAACAUUAAUGCUGCAACAGAGAUGUUCCAGAGAGCAAUAAGUAUUACGCCAUCCAUGGCACACCAACUUAUUGAGAUUCUGAAUUCAGAGAAUAUUGAGUUUGUAGUAGCCCCAUACGAGGCAGAUGCACAGUUGGCAUAUUUAUCCAGUCUUGAUGCAGAAAAAGGUGGCAUUGCUGCAGUUAUAUCAGAGGAUAGCGAUCUGCUAGCCUAUGGUUGCUCCUCUGUUGUUUUCAAGAUGGAUCGAUAUGGCAAUGGGGAAGAGAUAGCCAUAGACAAAGUUUUAGGCUCUGUGAGACGUAUACCUUCUUUCCUAGAUUUUGAUAAAGAGUUGUUCACAGGUAUGUGUGUUGUAGCUGGAUGUGAUUUCCUUCCAUCAGUGCCAGGAAUAGGAAUUUCAAAAGCUCAUGCUUUGGUUUCCAAGUAUCGCAACUUAUCACGUGUUUUGUCCAUGUUAAAGUAUGAGAAAGGAAAUCAAAUGCCUCAAGAGUACUUUAAAUCUUUCAAAGAAGCAUGUGCUGUUUUUCAUCAUGCAAGAAUCUAUGAUGCAGAUUCAAAAAGGCUAAAACACUUGACACCUAUUCCAGAAUCGCUUGUAAACGAGUUGUGUAAUGAGCUGGAUUUUCUAGGCCCUGAAAUGUCUUCCUUUCAAGCUACUGCAAUUGCUCAAGGUCGAUUGGAUCCUUCUACAAUGAAGCCCUUUAAUGCUCAACUAACUAAACCAUCUGAAUCCUUACCUCAUAAUCUGAGUUUCAAACAGGAAAUAAGUCAAACAAACACAAACUGCUUUACCAUUGUGUCGUCUCAGAAAACUAAAAUUAAAAGAAUUUCAGUGAUGGAACAGGAAACGAAGCCUAAGGUCAACGUAGAAGAACGGAGAUACUUAAGUGAUUCGAGCCUCAAAAUUUUGAUUUCUCCAUUAAAGAAGAAUAUUCUGAGCGGAGAUGAUGCAAUUCCUGCCAAACGAUCAUCAACGAUUCCUGACAACAAUCCAUUCAAGAGACGGAAAAAAACAGUUGUGGUCAACAAGGAGCAAUCUUCAGAGGUAACUCAAGUUGAAGUCUUACGAAGUACAGGAGUCGAUUUUGUUUCUGAACAAGAGUCGGGGGUGACAGAUGUUGAUGAUUUGGAAAUAUUAUGUAUUACUCCCGGUUCACAGAAAAGCGUGGAUUCUAAAACCGUCAACAUAAUUGGAAUCGGAGAGAAAAAGAGGGUAACAAGUGAAAAGAAAGCUACGAUCUUGAACUUCUUUUGUCGGGUAUAAAAUGCAAUUCUUGUUUGUUUGUUGUUAUUAUUAAUUUGAUCGCAUUUGAAAUUAGGACUUCAAGCACCACCAUCUUAAUCCAAAAACUAAUUUGGAUGGAACUCAGAUCUAAAUCAGUUUUGUUAAACUCGAGU